CUGGCAUCCGCUUUCGUCACUCACUGUCAGCUGACCGGGGCUUAUUGAAGGGGCACGUGCGCUUCUGAAUGGAGCUGGUAGCUGGUUGCUACGAACAGGUCCUUUUUGGGUUCGCUAUACACCCGGAGCCGGAUGCAGGCGGCGACCACAAAGAGCAAAAAUGGACUCCUGUGGCUGACUUCACUCACCAUGCCCACACUGCCUCCUUGUCAGCGGUGGCUGUAAAUAGUCGUUUUGUAGUCACUGGGAGCAAAGAUGAAACAAUUCACAUAUAUGACAUGAAAAAGAAGAUAGACCAUGGGGCUCUAGUGCAUCACAAUGGCACAAUAACUUGUCUGAAAUUCUAUGGCAACAGGCACUUAAUCAGUGGAGCAGAAGAUGGACUCAUUUGUGUGUGGGAUGCAAAGAAAUGGGAGUGCCUGAAGUCCAUUAAAGCUCACAAAGGACAUGUGACCUUCCUUUCUAUUCACCCAUCUGGCAAGUUGGCCCUCUCCGUGGGUACUGAUAAGACGUUAAGAACAUGGAAUCUUGUGGAAGGAAGAUCAGCAUUCAUAAAAAAUAUAAAACAAAAUGCCCACAUAGUGGAAUGGUCCCCAAGGGGAGAGAAAUACGUAGUUGUCAUACUGAAUAAAAUAGAUGUCUAUCAACUUGACACUGCGUCUGUUAGUGGCACCAUCACAAAUGAAAAGAGAAUAUCUUCUGUUACAUUUCUUUCAGAGUCUGUCCUUGCAGUGGCUGGAGAUGAAGAAGUCGUAAGGGUUUUUGACUGUGAUUCACUAAUGUGCCUCUGUGAAUUUAAAGCUCAUGAAAACAGGGUAAAAGACAUGUUCAGUUUUGAAGUCCCAGAGCAUCAUGUUAUUGUUACAGCAUCGAGUGAUGGCUUCAUCAAAAUGUGGAAGCUUAAGCAGGAUAAGAGAGUUCCCCCAUCUUUACUCUGUGAAGUAAAAACUGAUGCCAGGCUGACAUGUCUUGGAGUGUGGCUAGACAGAGUGACAGACACACAAGAAAGCCUGCCUUCGGCUGCAGAGCCUUCUCCUGUAAGGAAAGAACAGUCCAAAAGCAACAAAAAGGAAGCUGGUGAUGUCGUGCAGGAAGAAGAAAGGCAGUCCUUACCUAGCUCAAAGAACUGUAACUUAACUGGUGACACUAAGAAGCCAACGAAAAGAAAUACCCCAGUGUCAACCAAGAAGAGGAAAAUGGUAGAAAUGUUGGAAAAAAAGAAGAGAAAAAAGAAAAUAUGAAUGACACAAUGAAUCACACAUUUUUUCCUACAAGAAAAA